AUGAGAGUAGGAGUGCUUUUUAGACUUGCAUUUGCUAUCUAUCUAUCUAUCUAUUUCAGCUUGUUCAUUAUCUAUCUAUCUAUCAAUCUAUCUAUCUAUUACAGCUUGUUCAUUAUCUAUCUAUCUAUCUAUCUAUCUAUCUAUCAAUCUAUUACAGCUUGUUCAUUAUCUAUCUAUCUAUCUAUCUAUCUAUCAAUCUAUUACAGCUUGUUCAUUAUCUAUCUAUCUAUCUAUCUAUCUAUCAAUCUAUCUAUCUAUCUAUUACAGCUUGUUCAUUAUCUAUCUAUCUAUCUAUCUAUCUAUCAAUCUAUCUAUCUAUCUAUCCAUUUCAGCUUAUCAUUGUCUAUCUAUCUAUCUAUCUAUCUAUCAUCUAUCUAUCUAUCUAUCUAUCUAUUCAUAUAUCUAUCUAUCUAUCUAUCAAUCUAUCAUUUCUAUCUAUCUAUCUAUUACAGCUUGUUUUCAUUAUCUAUCUAUCUAUCAUCUAUCUAUCAAUCUAUCUAUCUAUCUAUAUCUGUCUUGUUUUCAUUAUCUAUCUAUCUAUCUAUCUAUCUAUCUAUCUAUCUAUCUAUCUAUCUAAAAAAGUUAUAUGGUCAAAUCCCAUUUAUCUAUCUAACUAAAAUAAAUAUCACCUAUUAA